AUGUCCUUCGGAACCAUCUACACCUACCCCAACAACCCCCGGGUCAUGAAGACCCAAGCGGCCGCCAACUUCAACAACCUGACCCUCACCCUGGCUGAUUUCAAGAUGGGCGAAACAAACCGCGACCCGACCUUCCUCAGCAAGUUCCCCAUGGGCAAGGUUCCCGCCUUCGAAGGCGCAGACGGCACCCUCCUGGCCGAAUCUGACGCCAUCACGCAGUUCGUGGCCGAGAGCGGUCCCGCAGCGGGUCAAUUGGUCGGCAGCACGCCCGCCGAACGGGCGCUGAUCCGUCAGUGGAUCUGCUUCGCGGACGGAGAGGUGCAGAGCGCGGUGAUCUCGUUGGUGCUGUGGCGGCUCGGGUACAAGGCGUAUGAUGAGGCGACGGAGAAGAGUGGGCUGGAGAAGUUGACCCGGGCGUUGGGAGCUUUGGAGAAUCGGUUGAAGGGGAGGACUUGGGUGGCUACGGAGAAGUUGAGCUUGGCGGAUAUUAGUCUGGCCGCGGCGUUGUAUUGGGGAUUCUCGGUGAGUAUUGAUGCCGAGAUGAGGAAGGAUUAUCCCGUUGUGGUGGCUUGGUAUGAGCGGGUUCUUGAGAGUGAGCAUGUUAAGGAGGCGUUUGGACCUAAGGUCUUCGUGGAGAAGAGGAAGGAGCCUGAGAACUAA